CUUACUUCGGCUCGUGGCUCUCGACAAGACCCCUUCCUCCCGUCCUCCCUCGCAGCCAUGGUCAUCACACAGACAAAAGACGCAUUCUAUCCACAGACACCCGUUUCGGGGACGAUGCUGGUGGGUGCCAGCUCGACCGACUAUGGAACAACUGUGAAGCACCCGAAGCAGAGGGACGAAGAACAAAGGGCAACCUCAGUCAGUUCUGAGCGCGCAGAUCCUUAUGCUUUCCGCGGAGCGUACAUGACCGAGGAGGAACUGGACAAACUGCGGAGUAGGAAGUCGGGCAAACGGCUCGUCAAGUAUCAACGCAAGCAAAAUGACCUGAUCAAUGCGUUGCUGAAACCAAUGGAAGAGCACACUGAGGAGGCACGAGCAGAAGAGGAGACCUCCCGCCUACCCAUUCAAAUUGCAAUCUGGGCCAGUCUGAUUGGGAAUGCCGUUCUCUGCGCUCUGCAGCUCUACGCCGCUAUCACCUCCGGUUCACUCUCCCUGAUCGCUACGUCGGUCGAUGCGGUCUUCGACUUCGGCAGCAACGUUGUUUUGUACUGGCUGCACAAAAAGGCGGAGUCCAUGGACACCAACAAGUGGCCAGUCGGUGGAUCGCGACUCGAGACAAUCGGCAAUAUCGUAUACGGAUGCCUCAUGAGCUCCGUCAACCUCGUUGUGCUCGUCGAAUCGGUGCAAGAGCUCAUUGAGCACUCUGGCGGCUCGGACUCGUUCCACAUCCCGUCCUUGGUCGCGGUCGGCGCAGCGCUUGGCGUGAAGUUCUUGUUGUUCCUCUACUGCUCUUCUUUCCGUGCACAGUCGAGCCAGGUCCACGUGCUCUGGGAGGAUCACCGAAAUGACAUCUUCAUCAACGGCUUCGGUCUGCUCAUGUCCGCUGGUGGCAGCAGAUGGGCUUGGUGGCUCGAUCCUAUGGGCGCCAUCAUCCUUUCCGUCGGCGUCAUUGGCGCGUGGGGCUACACGAUUUACACGCAGUUCGAGCUGCUCGCGGGCAAAUCCGCGCCGCACGACUUCAUGCAGCUGCUCAUCUACAACGCGAUGACGUUCAGCGACGAGAUCGAGAAGGUGGACACCGUCAGAGCUUACCACAGCGGUCCUAACUGGUUCGUCGAAGUGGACAUUGUUAUGGACGCGAACACGCCACUGUGGAAGGCACACGACAUCAGCCAACAGCUCCAGGAUAAGAUCGAGAUCCUCCCGAACGUCGAGCGCGCGUUCGUGCACGUCGACCACGAGACGACUCACGCUCCCGAGCAUCGCAAGAACGUUUGAGAAGGAUCGGCAUGGAACGGCCAUAGAGUGAUCCUCCACACAUAGACUCGACUCAACUGGACAUUGCUCCGCAUGCGCUGCCUUCUGUGCUGCUCAGACUAUUUAUACGUGAUUUAGUUAGGCAUUGCUGGACGGUCCUAUGUCGUCAUCCGUGGAUCUGGCAUCAGGAUUAAUCUUCGCGAUACUGCCCAUCCUUGCGCUUUCGCAAGGUGUUCUGUGGUUCGUCUUGUACUCAUAUAAAAUGUUAUCAGGAAACACAUUGAUCCGGUGGUAACACCACACAAUGAACCGUAUCUAGUUGCGCUCGAUGCCUGCGGCCCUUGACAACACUCAGCA